AUGGCCUUCUGGUGGGAUGAUUACAUGAAUAUCCUUGCUGCUGCAACUGUAGUUGCAGCUUAUACGAUAGUUGCUGGUCCUAUGGAGUUCAAUGGAUUUGGUCAUGAUAUCUGGGCAGUAACCCCAGGGAAGAUUGUGGCAUUCUUGAAAUAUUACUAUAUUGUAUCGCUUGUUUAUCUAGUCGCUCGACUUGCUAUACGGGUGUCGAUUGUACUAUUUUACUCACGAGUCUUUUCCACUCCGGAGCAUCGUCUCAAGAUUCGCAUCACGCAAAUUAUCAAUAUUGGAUUAUCAUUUGCCUUCUUCUUUCGACUUUUGGAUAAUCGCGAUUCCCCUACCUAUCAUAGCCAAACUUCAGCUGCCUGUAAAGAAAAAGCUGCUUAUAGCCAUAAUGUUUACGACUGGUCUUGCAGCCAAAUUAUAAGCAAGCAAGCUAACAUCUGCAGAGCUAUUGGUGUUGGCAGUGCAAAACUCGCUUAUGUUGGAAUGUUUACACGCACUACCAACCCUACAUAUGAUAACAUGCCUAUGCUUAGGCUCUGCUGUAUCGAGAUCCAGCUUGGGGUAAUUUGCUCCUGCAUGCCUAGCAUGCCUAUGCUCUUCCGGCCCUUCACCGACUACGUCCGCACUAAGAGCGAGACAGCAAAGAGAUUUGAUUCGGGAUAUGCAAAUGCUCCGGAGCGUAUGAGUAGCAGCAAGCCCUACUCAGAAGGCACGAGCUACUCUACGACUUAUAGCAGGAGUGCUGAUAUUCCAGAGGCCCAAGGAAUCAGAAUGAUGACAAACAUCCACCAAUCGACAAGCUACUGGCGAGUCGAGUCUGACAAGAACGUUUUGUUACGCGAGAUGCCUAUAAGUCAAGAAAGCGUUUAG